AUAAACGUUCUGGCUUGGAGUGAAAGCGCUGAGUGUCCUCCAAGCUGCGGUCCACUCUGAAGCCCACACAGGUCAUUGGCUAAAAAAUGGCACCCAAGAAGGACGCAAAGAAGCCCGAGCCAGCAAAGAAGGCUGAGCCUGCACCUGCCCCUGCCCCUGCCCCAGCAGCUGAGCCUGCAGCCAAACCCAAAGCAGCAGCAGUGGACCUGUCUGCAGUCAAGGUGGAGUUCACUCCAGACCAGCUAGAGGACUACAAGGAAGCCUUUGGCCUUUUCGACAGAGUGGGUGACAACAAGGUGGCCUACAACCAGAUUGCCGACAUCUGCCGUGCACUGGGACAGAACCCCACCAACAAGGAAGUCAACCAGAUCCUGGGCAACCCCGGCCCUGAAGAGAUGGCCAACAAAAGGGUGGAGUUCGAGCAAUUCCUGCCCAUGCUGCAGUAUUUGGUCAACAAGCCAAACAAGGGGACCUUCGAGGACUACGUUGAGGGUCUGCGCGUCUUCGACAAGGAGGGCAACGGCACAGUGAUGGGCGCUGAGCUGCGUAUUGUCCUCUCAACGCUGGGUGAGAAAAUGUCAGAGGCUGAGGUCGAUGCCGUCAUGGCAGGCCAGGAGGAUGAGAAUGGCUGCGUCAACUAUGAGGCUUUUGUGAAACACAUCCUGUCAGUGUAAGCGGUAACAGUUUUGAGGAAGCACAUCUAUUUCUCCCGACCCCAUGGUGUCAGGACGUCCACGCGCUGUUUCUCCAACCGGCGAGGAAAUGGAUUAAAAAAAAAGGACUAUGGGACGUCAACUCUAAGCCAUUCUUUUUGUCUAUUUGUGUCCUUUUUCAUGUCCACUCUUGGAAGCCGUCGAUAUGAUUUUGCAGCAGUUGCUGUCCUGUUGCUUGCGCCGGGGCGAAUCUCUCCACAGUGGGGCAGUAAUGAGGGAGUAAGGGGUGCCCCGGCUGCCCUCAACGACAGGACACACCUUGCUCCUCCUCAUACACUGCUUGUCGUCUGGAUCGCAAGUCCGAAGGUGCUACAUGUACUGCCUCUACUGUGGACUGGUUGUUGACCCCUCCCCUUCCACCCCCCCUUUCCCCAGAGUCUUAAUUUAUUUUUCGCCUCUGUCAUUUCUCAUAAUAAACUUUUCACAAAGUACA